GUUUUGAUCAUAUUUGGAGGAAUUAUUUAAGGCGCUUGUCAGCCCGAAUCUCUUUUACGUUAUUCCUGCAUCACCCAUAUUCUACCACCAACCACGGAUUCAACGUACUCCUCAACGCAGCAUUGCUUCGAUCUAGAUUCUAAGAUAUAAUAAUUUUGAUUUGAUCAGGUAGCUUCAAAAUGGACUAUCAACCUUAUAUAACAGGAUCCGUAUUACGGAGCGUUCUAUCCGGCCUUGUAGUUCUCCCCGCCUUGGGAUUCUCUGUACUUGUCCUGCGUAAGCCCGGUGCCAGGCACGAUCACACACGCCGAUGGGUCGACUUUACCAAGAUUGCCCUCGGACUUUGGAGCAUAUCUGAACUCCUCAGUCUCAUUUACUGGAUUGUCAUCACAGUCUAUUACGCUCGGCGGAAAAACGGCUAUUUCUCCUUUCCGAAUGAACUUGUCAAUGUCUAUUUCGUCGGUGGGCUGAUCGGAUACUUUGGCCAUGUCGCGCUUCUUCUCGCCUUCUUUUCCCUAGCUCACGCCUUGACUCAGCUUCGCAGCGGGGCCGAGAGCGACGAUUCCAAAGCCUAUCGCAUCGGAAGAAAGGUGGUGCUCGGCCUGUCGGCUCUAGUAACUCUGGUAGCUGUGGCAAUUUUUGCCUGUCAAGUCGCUGAGACGAUCUUGUUCGAAAUGCUCCCUGGCAGGGACCGCUAUAUACCAGGUGAUUGGGACAAUGCGAUCAGGCUGGGACUUGCCGCCCAAUACAUGGGUGUCAUCAACCUUGGCUUUCUCCUCGUUGCGGCCCUCGGUUUUAUUGGCUAUGCCGUUGUAUCCUUCAAGGCGGCCAGGAGCAGUCCAACUCAAACGGCGGCCACUCUUCUGCUUAUUGCAGCCUCUCUCUGGCUCAUAACCAGACUGUAUAGCUUCAUCUCCUAUAUCAUGGCGAUGACGAAUCAUUUUUGGGGUUAUGGUUCAACGUACAUUGGAGCCGCAGUUGUCGAUAUGAUCCUCUACGUUUGGCCAUCAUUUGCAGCUCUCAUAAUCCUCUACGUCUUAGCGUCUGACAACACGUACAGUCUCUCAACGCUUCACUUAGAGGAAGAAGAUGAUGCGCAGAGGAUUUGGGACGAGCGAACACAAAGCAUUUGAGAUCAGCGUGCCAUGUGGCGCGGCUCAUCAGCAAGACUUUAUGCCCCGAUCUUAUGACUUCAUAUAUGCGUCUCUCUUCCUUCUGAUAGCUCUCAUUUGCGAAGGUAAUAUCACCCAGGCCUAGAG